AUGGAGAGACAGAAGAGAAAACAAGAAAUAGAGAAAGGACUCCAAUUCAUUCAGUCCACAUUACCCCUAAGCCAAGAAGAUUAUGAGGCCUUUUUGCAGAAGCUGGUGAGAAACCUGUUUGCAGAGGGCAAUGAUUUGUUUCGAGAGAAGGAUUUCAAGCUUUCGCUGGUACAGUAUGUAGAAGGGCUGAACGUGGCAGAUUACGCAGCCUCCGAUGAGGUGACCAUUCCAAAGGAACUCCUGUGCAAGCUGCAUGUCAACCGAGCUGCCUGCUACUUUGCCAUGGGGUUGUAUGAGAAAGCACUGGAAGACAGUGAGAAGGCUUUAAGUCUUGACAAGGAGAACAUCCGAGGGCUCUUCCGGAAAGCCCGCUCCUUAAAUGAACUUGGAAGACACAAAGAAGCAUACGAGUGCAAUAGCCGAUGCUUGCUGUCCCUCCCUCAUGAUGAAAGCGUCACACAGCUGGGACAGGAGCUUGCCCAGAAGCUGGGACUGAGAGUUCGAAAAGCUUACAAAAGACCUCAGGUGUACACCUUCUUUGUGGUGGGAGAAAGGCCUGCGCUUUGGGAGAACAACAGUAAUGGCACGUCAAUCAAUUUGUCAAACCAGACCACUUCCAAUGGAUUGGGUUCAAUAGAUGACAUUGAAACAGACUGCUCUAUGGACCUGCAGUGCCUCCCAGCUCCUGUGGCCACCUCCAUCCCUGUGGGCGAGGUGCUGGCCCCUUUGCCCUCUGACUCAGAUGCAAAGGGCUUGCCUACCUCGCUCCCUGCUGCCAGCUUGCUCCCAUCUCCAGACUGCGUGUCCCUUCCAGUGCCUGAGAGCGUGGAGGACUUCACAGAUGGAGACUUCACAGAACUGGACUCCCUCCUGGACUCCCUCGCCGAAGGGUCACCAUACCCUCUAUCUCUGGUCCAGGGCACCAUUCCUACCAACCUGCCAACAGAGAUGCCCCAGCUGAUCCCUGUGUUUCCGGGGGGAACUCCGCUGCUGCCCCCAGUCGUGACAGCCAACAUCCCUGUCUCCACCCCGCUGCCACCUGCGUCCUUUGGCCUGGUGAUGGAUCCCACCAAGCAGCUCUCCUCCUCUUCUGUCCUGGAUGCCUUUGAGGCGCCGCCCGGGGGAAGUGGCGGCUCCACCUUAGAUUCGCUGGAUUCCCUGGAUCUGCUCCCCUACACAGAUUCACGGCUUGAUGCCCUGGACUCCUUUGGGACAAGCAGAGGGUCGCUGGAUGCCUUGGAUUCCUUUGCUGUUGAAGAAACUAGCCCUCAGGAACUGCGACACCCGCCUGGCAGCCAAAAACCAUCCCCCGUGGUCAGCCUUGGUGGAGCGAGUCACCCAGCUGGGCCCAAGGUCACUGAGCACUUGCUGUCCCAGCCGGAACCAGUAAUUCCCAACACAGCCCUGCUGGUGAAGAACCCCCUGGCAUCUACUCACGUCUUCAAACAAGCCUGUCAUAUCUGCUACCCAAAAACAGGGCCCAAGGCUGGCGAUUAUACCUAUCGGGAAGGCUUGGAGCACAAGUGCAAGCGAGACAUCCUGCUGGGCAGGCUGAAGAACUCGGAAGACAAGACCUGGAAGAGGAUCCGUCCUCGCCCAACAAAAACCAACUUUGUAGGAUCCUAUUACCUGUGCAAAGAUAUGCUUAACAAGCAGGAUUGUAAGUACGGGGAUAACUGCACCUUCGCGUACCACCAGGAAGAGAUCGACGUGUGGACUGAGGAGAGGAAGGGGACUCUCAACCGUGACCUCCUCUUUGACCCGCUAGGUGGCAUCAAGCAGAGCAGCCUCACCAUUGCCAAGCUCCUCAAGGAACAUCAGGGCAUCUUCACCUUCCUUUGUGAGAUAUGCUUUGACAGCAAACCUCGGAUUAUCAGCAAAGGGACCAAGGACACACCAUCUGUCUGCUCCAACCUUUCUGCCAAACACAGUUUCCAUGACAACAAGUGUCUGGUCCACAUUGUGCGUUCCACCUCCCUGAAAUACUCCAAGAUCCGCCAGUUCCAGGAGCACUUUCAGUUUGAUGUGUGCCGACAUGAGGUGCGUUAUGGCUGCCUGCGUGAGGACAGCUGCCACUUCGCUCAUAGUUUCAUUGAGCUUAAAGUCUGGCUACUGCAGCAAUAUUCGGGAAUGACCCACGAAGAUAUUGUGCAGGAAUCUAAGAAGUACUGGCAGCAGAUGGAGGCACAUGCCAGCAAACCAGCCAACAGCAUGGCUUCUCCUCGGGCUCCCACAUCAAGCACCUUUGACCUCCAGAUGAAAUUUGUGUGUGGCCAGUGCUGGAGGAACGGGCAGCUGGUGGAGCCAGAUAAAGACCUCAAGUACUGUAGUGCCAAAGCCCGCCAUUGUUGGACGAAGGAACGUCGCGUCCUGCUGGUGAUGUCCAAAGCAAAGAAGAAGUGGGUGUCUGUCCGACCACUGCCUUCCAUCCGCAACUUCCCACAGCAAUAUGAUCUGUGUAUCCAUGCACAAAAUGGCAGGAAAUGCCAGUAUGUGGGCAACUGCUCCUUCGCCCACAGCCCUGAGGAGAGAGACAUGUGGACCUUCAUGAAGGAAAAUAAAAUACUAGAUAUGCAGCAGACCUAUGACAUGUGGCUAAAGAAACACAAUCCUGGGAAGCCUGGAGAGGGGACACCGCUCACCUCGCGAGAAGGGGAGAAACAGAUCCAGAUGCCCACUGACUACGCUGACAUCAUGAUGGGCUACCACUGCUGGCUCUGCGGGAAGAACAGCAACAGCAAGAAGCAAUGGCAGCAGCACAUCCAGUCGGAGAAGCAUAAGGAGAAGGUCUUCACCUCGGACAGUGACUCCAGCUGCUGGAGCUACCGCUUCCCCAUGGGUGAAUUCCGGCUCUGCGAAAGGUUCCAGAAGAGCAAGGCCUGCCCUGAAGGAGAGGAGUGUCGCUAUGCCCAUGGCCAGGAUGAGCUGACGGAGUGGCUAGACCGGAGGGAGGUGCUGAAACAGAAACUGGCCAAAGCCCGCAAGGACAUGCUGCUCUGCCCCAGGGAUGACGACUUCGGGAAAUACAACUUCCUAUUGCGGGAUGGCGUAUAUUCGGUACCAGAAGAAUUAGGAAUUGAGGUGCAGAAGAAGGAAAACUGCUAG